ACCGCAAUUGGUUGAGUAAGCCCACCGGCUAACUAAUUGAAUGCAGUGUGUGUGAGAGAGAGAGAGAGAGAGAAGAGGAGGAAGAAAAGAGAAGUGGAAUCAGAUCCCAUGACAUCCUAUAUAGUGGACACCAGCAUUCUUUUCGCCCGUCAGCGGGCCAUUUUAUCAUUGGCAAAUAAGAAGACUGCCGAGGGUUGCAUCGCUUCGUCUUCAUCGCGUUCCUCAACAAGGUGCGUUCCGUCCUCCCUUCUGGAUGUUUUCGCCAAGAAAUUGGAACGGGUCGGUGGAAACCGUUGCAGGUGCGGGUCGAGGAGGAGGAGCAUCGUCGAGUGCUCGAGCUCGGGCUGGAGCUGGAGCUGGAGCUGGAUCUGGAGAGGUGGGCGAUCGGAUAAGCCGACGAUGGACCAAGGAAAGGGUUCCGAGGGAUAUGGUGCGGCCGGGGCGAUGGUCUUCGAGCCGAUUCUCGAGGAGGGGGUCUUUCGGUUCGAUUGCUCCGAGACCGACAGAGCUGCGGCGUUUCCUAGCCUCUCCUUCGCGGAUCCUAAUGUCAGGGAGGCUCCGAUCGCGGUUCGUCGGGUCCCCGAGUACGUCCCCGCCUUCGAGCGUCGUCGUGGCCAGCAGAUGGUCGCGAUCCAGUUUCCUUCUGGGACAUCCUUUUAUGGAACCGGAGAAGUCAGCGGGCGGCUUGAACGGACAGGAAGUCGGAUUUUUACAUGGAAUACGGAUGCAUGGGGUUAUGGUCCAGGAACAACAUCAUUGUACCAAUCUCACCCUUGGGUUCUAGCCGUUCUUCCAGAUGGAAAGGCACUUGGUGUUCUUGCUGACACAACUCGGCGUUGCGAGAUUGAUUUAAGGAAUGCCUCUACUGUGAAGUUUGUGUCAGAUGUAGUUUAUCCCAUAAUUACAUUUGGUCCAUUUGAUUCACCCACUGAAGUCCUGAUGUCCCUUUCUCAUGCAAUUGGAACUGUUUUUAUGCCUCCGAAAUGGUCACUUGGUUAUCAUCAAUGUCGUUGGAGCUAUGAAUCUGAUGUAAAAGUUUUGGAGAUUGCUAGAACAUUUCGAGAGAAAGGCAUACCUUGUGAUGUUAUAUGGAUGGACAUUGACUACAUGGAUGGUUUCCGGUGUUUUACUUUUGACAAAGAACGCUUCUCUGAUCCUAAAUCUAUGGUGAAUGAUCUUCAUGCAAGUGGUUUCAACGCUAUCUGGAUGCUAGAUCCUGGAAUCAAAAGCGAAGAAGGCUAUUUUGUCUAUGAAAGCGGUUCUGAAAAUGAUGCCUGGAUUAAAAAGGCAAAUGGAAAGCCUUUUGUUGGGGAGGUGUGGCCUGGGCCUUGUGUUUUCCCUGAUUUCACACAACAAAGCACACGUUUGUGGUGGGCUGAGUUGGUAAAGGAUUUUAUAUCUAAUGGAGUUGAUGGGAUUUGGAAUGAUAUGAAUGAGCCUGCUGUUUUCAAAACCGUAACAAAAACAAUGCCAGAGAGCAACAUACACAGAGGAGAUGCUAAUUUUGGUGGCUGCCAAAAUCACUCUCAUUAUCACAAUGUAUAUGGCAUGCUGAUGGCAAGAUCAACUUAUGAAGGGAUGAAAAUGGCCAAUAGCAAUAAAAGGCCAUUUGUCCUUACGAGAGCUGGAUUUAUCGGAAGUCAACGUUAUGCUGCAACCUGGACAGGUGAUAACCUAUCAAACUGGGAGCACCUACAUAUGAGCCUGUCAAUGGUGCUUCAAUUGGGGCUUAGUGGCCAGCCAUUAUCAGGACCAGAUAUUGGUGGAUUCGCUGGGGAUGCUACUCCGAAACUCUUCGGUCGGUGGAUGGGACUUGCUGCACUUUUUCCGUUUUGCCGUGGACACACUGAAAAAGGCACUGCAGACCAUGAACCAUGGUCUUUUGGAGAAGAGUGUGAAGAUGUAUGCCGCCUUGCAUUGCUGAGGCGGUAUAGGCUUUUACCUCAUAUAUAUACCCUUUUCUAUAUGGCUCAUACUAAGGGUACACUGGUUGCAGCUCCCACAUUUUUUGCUGAUCCAAAAGAUCCACAAUUGAGAAAAGUUGAGAAUUCCUUUUUACUAGGGCCACUGUUAAUUUGUGCAAGCACUGUGCCUCAUCAAGGUUCGCAUGAAUGUUCCACUGUCUUACCAGAAGGAGUCUGGUUGCGUUUUGACUUUGGUGAUCCACACCCAGAUCUGCCAUCUAUGUUUUUGCAAGGUGGAUCAAUAAUUCCUGUGGGUCAUCCAUUACAACAUGUUGGUGAAGCAAACCUAACAGAUGAGCUAUCACUCUUCGUUGCUUUAGAUGAAAAUGGUAAAGCUGCAGGUGUUCUUUAUGAAGACGAUGGUGAUGGCUAUGGGUACACACAAGGGGAUUAUCUCUUGACAUAUUAUACUGCCGAAAUUGAUUCUUCAGUUCUGACAGUAAAAGUACUUAAAUCUGAAGGGUCAUGGAAGAGGCCACAGCGUGCUCUUCAUGUAAAAUUGUUGCUGGGAGGAGGUGUCAUGAUAGAUGCAUGGGGUGUUGAUGGAGAGGAACUGCACUUGAAAAUCCCUUUAAAAUCUGAAGUAUCUAAAUUGGUAGCAGCAAGUGAAAAUAAGUACAACAAACACAUGGGUAACAUCCUUUCUCUAAAAGAAAAUGCCAAGCAUAUCCCAGAUGUUGAUGAGCUUUCUGGACAGAAGGGCAUUGAGCUCUCAAAGGUGCCUGUAGAGCUGAAGAGUGGUGACUGGGAACUUAAGGUGGUGCCAUGGAUUGGUGGUCGGAUCAUAUCUAUGAUGCAUCAUCCUUCUGGUAUGCAGUGGCUGCACAGCAGAAUUGAAAUUAAUGGAUACGAAGAAUAUAGUGGUACUGAGUAUCGGUCUGCUGGAUGCUCGGAGGAAUAUAAAGUUGUCAGGAGGAAUCUUGAGCAAGCAAGAGAGGAGGAAUUACUUUGCAUGGAAGGGGAUAUUGGUGGUGGAUUAGUUUUCCAACGCCAGAUAUCCAUUUUUAAAGAGGACCCCAAGGUUUUACGAAUUGAUUCUAGCAUCAUUGCAUGCAGUGUUGGAGCUGGUUCUGGUGGAUUUUCAAGGUUGGUUUGCUUGAGGGCUCACCCAAUGUUCACCCUUUUGCACCCAACCGAAGUUCUUGUUGCAUUCGAUUCGGUUGAUGGCUUGAAGAAUGAAAUUUUCCAUGAAUCUGGAGAACUAUCAUUUGAGGGAGAUCACCGUCCUAAUGGUGAGUGGAUGCUGGUUGACAGAUGUGCAGGAGUAGCCUUAGUUAACCGUUUUGAUCUUCAUCAGGUAAAGAAAUGUCUGGUGCAUUGGGGGACUGGUACAGUCAACUUAGAGUUGUGGUCUGAGGAGAGACCAGUUUCCGUGGACACUCCUUUGAGAAUUUGCCAUGAAUAUGAGACGAUCCAUACUCUUCUUCGGUGCCGCCGCCACAGAACUCCCAAGGCACGCCGAGAGACCGCCCUUUCUUACGUCUCUCCCGUGCUGAAUGUUGCAUCAAGAGCCUUCCGAGCGCGUUGAGCUCCACCGUCACCUCCUUCAUCGUGGGCCUGUCUUCCCCUCUCAAGUUCAAGCAUCUUCUAGCGAGCUGCGCAGCCGCAUGCAGCUGCCUCUCGCCUGCCUCCUCCACCGUUCGACGGUCCACCACGCUAAGGAGCCUCUUCUCUUCCAACAACGUAACAAAACGGAAGGCCAGAUUUCUCUCUUCUUCCGGCCUCCCAGGUGAUAUGGGCUUCUCUCGCAUCAACAGCUCCAUCAGAACCACACCAAAGCUGUACACAUCGCUCUUCUCCGUCAAUAUGCUCGUCCGGAAGUACUCCGGGUCGAGGUACCCGAGGGUCCCCUGCACCAACGUCGUCAGAUGAGUCUGGUCGUAGGGGAUCAACCUUGACGCUCCAAAGUCCGACACCUUUGCCGUGUAAUCCUCGUCCAAAAGUAUGUUCGCUGACUUGACGUCCCUGUGAAUGAUAGGUUUCGCCGACGCCGAGUGCAAGUACGCAAGUGCUCCUGCCGUUUCCACGGCGAUCCUCAACCGGUUCUCCCACGACAUCGGAACCCUGGAGCCAUGGACGUGAUGCGAGAGGGUUCCGUUGGAUAUGUACUCGUACACCAGCAGCGGCACCUGUGUCUCCAAACAGCAACCCAGGAGCUUGACGACGUUCUUGUGGUUGAUCUGGGAAAGGAUGACUACCUCGUUGAUGAACUGCUCGAUUUGGCUUUGGUCGACCAGUUUGGACUUCUUGAUCGCCACCACUCUUCCGUCGGAUAGGACCCCUCUGUACACCGUACCGUAUCCCCCGUGCCCGAGGACUCGAGUCUCGUUGAAGUUCUCGGUUGCGCUCUCCAGCUCUUCCGAGCUAAAUAUCCUGGCCGUUGCCUGCCGCGACGAUAUCUGUUGCUGCAACAGCAAUCCUCCAUUCUGCAGGAAGUACUUCUGCUUCAGCUUCCUCGUCUUCCUUCUCUUCACACCCCAGUAAGCGCAGACGCCCACGAGGAGCAGCAUGACCAAGAGAGCCAGACCCAGACCUGCACCGGCAUGACCAUGAGAGAUUGAGUAGAUCUAUGGACUAACUAAUCAAUUUGAUGGCGGCAGGGAAGAGCUUGCCUAGUCCAAUCUCCAGAAGGGCAACUUUUCUGCAGCCACUGCCCUGUUUUCUACCGUCGCCGCUGGAUCCUGGUGGGCAAAUGCAAUCAAAAUCUCCUUCUUUGUUGA